AUGUUUGGGAUUCAGGAAACUAUACCGCGGGGUGGGACGACGAUGAAGGAGGAACCGCUGGGUGGACUGAACUCGGUCCGCUCCUGGAUGCACACAGCUGGGGUGGUGGAUGCAAACACAGCCGCCCAAAGCGGUGUCGGCUUGGCACGGGCACAUUAUGAAAAGCAGCCCCCUUCCAACCUCAGAAAAUCCAAUUUUUUCCAUUUCGUCCUGGCGCUGUAUGACAGACAGGGUCAGCCCGUGGAGAUCGAAAGAACAGCUUUUGUGGACUUUGUGGAGAAAGAAAAAGAACCAACCAGUGAAAAAACUAACAAUGGAAUACAUUACAAACUACAGUUAUUGUACAGCAACGGCGUCAGAACAGAACAGGAUCUUUACAUACGAUUAAUCGAUUCCAUGACGAAGCAGGCCAUAGUUUAUGAGGGUCAGGACAAGAAUCCAGAAAUGUGCAGAGUUCUUCUCACUCAUGAAAUCAUGUGCAGCCGAUGCUGCGAUAAGAAAAGCUGUGGAAACAGGAACGAGACCCCGUCAGACCCCGUCAUCAUUGACAGAUUCUUCCUAAAGUUCUUUCUCAAGUGCAAUCAGAACUGUCUGAAAAAUGCAGGGAAUCCACGAGACAUGCGCAGAUUCCAGGUUGUCGUAUCGACGACCGUCAACGUGGACGGCCAUGUCUUGGCCGUUUCCGACAACAUGUUCGUACACAACAAUUCCAAGCAUGGGCGAAGGGCUCGCAGACUCGACCCUUCAGAAGCAGCCACCCCAUGCAUCAAGGCCAUCAGCCCCAGUGAGGGAUGGACCACAGGAGGAGCCACCGUCAUCAUCAUCGGGGACAACUUUUUCGAUGGUCUACAAGUCGUGUUCGGCACUAUGCUUGUAUGGAGUGAGCUGAUAACUCCCCACGCCAUCCGUGUUCAGACUCCCCCUCGGCACAUCCCCGGCGUUGUGGAAGUCACGCUGUCCUACAAGUCCAAGCAGUUCUGCAAAGGUGCCCCUGGGAGAUUUGUCUACACUGCCCUCAAUGAGCCCACCAUCGACUACGGUUUCCAGAGGCUGCAGAAGGUCAUCCCCAGACACCCUGGCGAUCCUGAGAGAUUACCAAAGGAGGUGUUACUGAAGAGGGCGGCUGAUCUCGUCGAAGCCCUGUACGGGAUGCCCCACAAUAAUCAGGAGAUCAUUCUGAAGAGGGCAGCUGACAUCGCAGAAGCCCUAUACAGCGUUCCCCGCAACCACAACCAGAUUCCCUCUCUCGCCAACACAGCCUCCCACGGCAUGAUGGGAGUCAACUCCUUCAGCAGCCAGCUAGCAGUCAACGUGUCAGAGUCACAAGGGAAUGACCAAGUUGGCUACAGCCGGAACACCAGCAGCGUGUCCCCCAGGGGCUACAUCUCCAGCAGCACCCCACAGCAGUCGAGCUACAACACAGUCAGCAACAGCAUGAACGGCUACGGCAAUGCCGGCAUGAACCUGGGUGUGCCAAGCUCCCCGGGGUUCCUCAACGGAUCCUCUGCCAACUCCCCAUAUGGAAUUAAACAAAAGAGCGCCUUCGCCCCUGUGGUCCGACCCCAGGCUUCCCCACCCCCCUCCUGCACCAGCGCCAACGGCAACGGACUGCAAGGUGAGCCCCCCUCACCCCCUCAUCCCUUCCCUACGGACUACUGGUCAGAUACCGCUGCUCAGGCCUCUGUCCGGUUUGCCAUGUCCGGCCUGGUUGUCCCUCCAAUGUAAAUGCACUUUUGUCAUCUCGAGCACCAGUCGACACACUACCACUUCACAGGACACUCCCCCUUGUCCCCGUACCCCUCUUCUUCCCAAGCACACUGCAAAAUGCUGGUGUAAUGUAUAGUCAACUGCUCGUUCUGAAGAAAGAAAAAAAAAAGAGAUUUCCCCCCCACCCCCUUUUCAGUGACUUUCAGAACCUGCAGAAAAAAGGAUUUAACAAGAACAAUAUUUUGUUUUGUUUUUUUUUCAUGUGGGAUUUUAUUUUUCUUUACCCUCCGUAACCCACAAUUUUAUCAACCUUUGGUGAGAAAAGGACGCGGGAUGAUGAAGGAUUUAUUUUGUAUACCUGUUGAGUUGAGCUUCAGCCUCGGACAGCCACUCUCAGUACUGGAAGGGACUCUGUGGACUCACCAUCUGGUUGUAAAGUAAAAACACUGAUGUACAGUCCAUUUGCCAACAAACUUGUUUGCCUCAGUUUUUUUCUUUUUUUUGUUUCAACUCUUUUAAUAGAUUCACAACAGUUGUGCGUCUUUAUAAUGUGACUUUUGUAUUUUUAUGUGUGAGAAAACUACACAGGGGCCAAGACAGUUUGAAUUUCAACUGGAAAAAUAUAUGAAAUAUAUAAUUUAGCAAAAGCCGAUCAUAAAAGUACAAUGAAUAUGAAGUAAAAACAGGAUUUCUUUUUUUUUUUUUUUUUUUGGGAGGGGAUGGGGA